AUGAACAACGACAGGAAUCGGGUGGCUGAGCAGAUCUUGGAUCUAACCAUGGAGAUCAUCCACCUACUCACUGGAGAGGUGAGGGAUUCUGGGUAAUACUAGAUUAUCUGUCUGCUGUCUGGAGAGUUGGAGGUUUCUGGGUAAACAGACCAAAACAGAACGCAAGCGAAUGUCGAGAACACAGAACAACUCAAAUAGCUUGUUCUUUGGUUGACCUUACUCCGUUCUGAAGCCAAUUUUGGUUAUUCUUGUGCCAUUUUAGAGAGAACCGAAACCAUUUUCAUAUCAGACUAAUCCCACCCAAAAAAAGCAUUCCAGAUUGAAAAUGCAGGGAUUCCGUGUAAUUUUGGGCAGGAGAUAAUCAUCAUGCUAGCUCAAUAAGUGAGGGAUUCUGGAUUAAUGUAAUUUUCACCUAAAUUAAAAUAAUCUUGCUUCACUCUUUCAGCAAAUUGUGGAAAUAAAAUAGUUUUCAUGCCAGGAGUACCCUUGCCCUGUUUCCCAUUAAUAGGACAAACCGUUUUGCAAUGGGGCACCUACUGUGCAAAACUGCCAAGGCGGAAACCCAUUCUGACGUCAAAUCAUUGAUUGACAGGAUUAGCUGACUGCUCUUAGCCGAAUCUUAUUAGGCAUCAGGUGAUUCACAAACGAGGAAAAAAAACUAUUGAAUGUGGAAAAUGCUGAUGGCUUUUAUCCAAUGAAUGCAAUUUUGUAGGUACCAAAAAUAACACAUAUAUUGAGGCACUUAUAUUCUUUCUUAAAAACAUGUAUAGGUGAUUAACUUCAACAACUAUAGUGCCAGGAAAACAUUCUUGUUUUCCUGGCACUCAAGGGUCUUUACGCCCCCCACGCCCUCAGAGUUCCUCUGCGCUGGGCUGAAGGGGUUAAACACUUGCCUUUCUCCAGCGCCAGGCUCCUUCGGCGCUGGGGAACUCUCCACCCUCUGCCGACAUCAGCACCGAAUGCAUGCUUUUCGCUAGACGCCAGCAUCUUCACUUCACUGAUUUUCACAGUGAGAAGCGCGGAAGCGCCUCUAGCAGCUGUCAGUGAGAUAGCCACUAGAGGCUGAAUUAACCCUAGUGUGAACGCUAUGUCUAUAGCUGCAGGGUUAACACUAGAUGGACCUGGCACCCAGACCACUUAAUUGAGCUACAGGUCCUUUAGGUGCUUCUUAACACCAAUUACAAAAUAAAAAUAUACCUAUAAUUUAAUGCUUUAGUAUAACAGAUUUCUUAAAGGUGCACCAAGAUUUCACUUUGAAUAAUCUUCAAUUAAUGUGCUUGUACCCAAUUAAAUUAUAUUGUUUUAUGCAAAAUAUAUUUAUAAGUUUUUGUAUUUGCGCUUUAGCUUCAUGUUUUUAACCCCUUAAGACCGUAGGGCGUACUAUUACUCCCUAUUCUAAGCGUCUCUAAGCGCCGCAGGGCGUAAUAGUACGCCCCCCGGUAUUUUUUUACUUAUCCGGUCGCCGGCGAUCGCGGUUGGGGGGACACCCAGCAGGGGGACUGCCUGUAAUGACAGGUAGUCCCCCUGCUGGCUGGAAAUCAAAUAAAAUUAAUUUUAAAAUAAGUGUAAAAAAAUUAAAUAAUAUACUUAGAUCUUAAUAUAAAUAUAUAUAUAUAUAUAUAUAUAUAUAUAUAUAUAUACAUAUACAUACACUGUCUAGGUGUAUUUUACUAUAUAUAUAUAUCAAAUUACACGUAGGCUGAUACUGAUUUAAAUAUAUAUAUAAUUAUUGUUUUAUAUAUCUAUAUAUAUAUAUAUAUAUUAUCAAAAAAUAUGUAAAUACGUUAAAAAUAAAAUUUAAAAAAUAAUAAAAAAUAAAUAAAAAAUAUACAGAUGUGUGUUAUUUCGUUCUUACUGUAUUGGAAUAUUAAUAUAUAUUUAUAUCAAACUACACGUAGAACGAAAUAAUAUAUAUAUCUAUAUACAUAAAUAUAUACGUAUAUAUCACAAUAUAUAUAUAUAUAUAAAAAUAUUUAAAAAAUAUUAUAUAUAUAUACACAUACGUAUAUAUAUAUAUAUAUACACAUAUACUAAUUCUACAUAUAUAUUUAUGUAAUAUUUUUACAUAAUUAGGUAUCUUAAUUACAAUUAGCGGGACCUAGCUGACAUCCCAUGCCGAAAGUAAAGGGAAUUUAAUUUGCUAGCACUAUAUUUAACCCUAUAACUUUCCAAGACACCAUAAAACUUGUACAUGGGGAGUACUGUUCUACUCGAGAGACUUCGCUGAACACAAAUAUUAGUGUUUCAAAACAGUAAAAUGUAUUACAACGAUGAUAUCGCCAGUAAAAGUGACUUUUUUGCAUUUUUCACGCACAAACAGCAUUACACGGACAAUAUUAUUGCUGUGAUACUUUUUACUGUUUUGAAACACAAAUAUUUGUGUUCAGCGAAGUCUCCCGAGUACAACAGUACCCUCAUGUACAGGUUUUAUGGUGUUUUCAAAAGUUACAGCGUCAAAUAUAAGGCUUGUGUUUCAUUUUUUUCACAUUCAAAUUCGCCAGAUUGGUUACGUUGCCUUUGAGACCCUAUGGUAGCCCAAGAAUGAAAAUUACCCCCAUGAUGGCAUACCGUUUGCAAUAGUAGACAACCCAAGGUAUUGCAAACGGGAUAUGUCCAGUCUUUUUUAGUAGCCACUUAGUCACAAACACUGGCCAAAAUUUGCGUUUUUUGCAUUUUUCACACGCAAACAAAUACUAACGCUAACUUUGGCCAGUGUUUGUGACCAAAUGGCUACUAAAAAAGACUGGACAUACCGCAUUUGCUAUACCCUGGGUUGUCUACUAUUGCAAAUGGUAUGCCAUUAUGGGUGUAAAUUUUAUUCCUGGGCUACUAUACAGUCCCAAAGGCAAUGUAACCAAUCUGGAGAAUUUCAAUUUCAAAUGUAACGUGCUAUAUUUGACCCUGUAACUUCCCAAAACGCCAUAAAAUCUGUACAUAGAGGGUACUGUUUUACACGUGAGAGACUUUGCUGAAUACAAAUAUGUGUAUUUUAUUGCAGUAAAAGCAAACAGUAUUAUGACAGUGACAGUUAAAAUGUCAUGUAGAACUAAAAAAAUAAAAAAUUUUUAUUUUCUCCCAUUUUUUUCAUAUUAAAUUAUGCUUCAUAGCCAAAUAUUUGAUAUUAAAUGAAAGCCCUGUUUCCCCUGAAUAAAAUGAUAUGUAAUAAGGGUGGGUGCAUUUAAUGUGAAUUACGGUUGGACAGACAUGUAGCGCAAAUGCCAGGUUUUGUUUACGUUUUGUUUUGUUUACAAUGUGUACAUGUGGCUCAGUCCUUAACCCCUUAAGGACUGGACUGUUUUUGCCAUGUUGUACAUUUGCAACCAGGCAUAUUUUUACACUUUUGUGGUGUUUGUGUUUGGCUGUAAUUUUCCGCUUUCUCAUUUACUGUUCCCAUACAAAUUAUAUAUUGUUUUUUUCAGGACAAAAGGGGCUUUCUUUACAUACCAUUAUUUAUAUAAUCUCAUGUAUUUUAAUUUAAAAAAAAUAAAAAAAUAUGAUGAAAAAUUGAAAAAAAUACAUGUUUUUUGACUUUUACUUGAAAAAUCUUUUACUCAUCUACAAAAGCGAAUGAAAAAAACUGCUAAAUAGAUUCAAAAUUUUGUCCUGAGUUUAAAAAUACCUAGUGUUUACGUGCUUUUUUGCUUUUUUUUGCAUGUUAUAGGGCUAUAGGUACAAGUAGGAUAUUGCGGUUUCAAAACAUACAUUUUUAAAAUUUAUCAAUAGUGACAUUGUAACACUAUUAUCUGUCAUAAAUCUCUGAAUAACACCCCACAUGUACAUAUUUUUUUUAAAGUAGACAACCCAGGGUAUUCAAUAUGGGGUAUGUCCAGUCUUUUUUAGUAGCCACUUAGUCGAAAACACUGGCCAAAGUAAGCAUUCAUAUUUAUCUCUCUACUGCAAGCUAAGCAUUGAUUUGCACUAUUUAUUCUGCUGUUAGCAGAUUUAAAGAGAUAUACACUACCUUUUGUAUAACUGUAUAUAUUAUAAUACCAAACAGACAACUACUUUUCAUGUUGUUGUCCUGUAGUAAAUAGUUGCUUUCCAUUAAGCAGAUCAUUUGGUGUGUAACAGAUAGAAUCUGCCUUUAGCAGAUUUAAAGGUAUACACACCACACAUAUUGUAUACAUUGGUAAUCAUCCACCGUUCCAGAUUUCGAUAUAACCAUAUAUUUAGUUCCAUUGAAUAAGCCAUUUAAAAGUGAAUUAGCUCCUGAACACACUACCUUGAAUUAAGGUAUUACUGUCCUCUAUAUCUUUAGACAGGUUUUGGGUGUAUCCCUGUCUUGGUUCAGUUUUGAGCAAUUCACCUAAAGUCAGACUCCCUCAUCUCUGUGUGUUGCAUUAGGAAGACCAGACUUUACACAACGUACAAAUAGGCCUGUAAAAGAGGGCCCACAAAGUUUUGUUAAUAUAGCUGGGUGUAGGUGGGUGGGGACAAACAGCUUGCACGACAAAGGUAAGUGGGGGGGGGUAGGGUUUAUAUAGGAUAUAGGAUCAUAACUCCUACCACAAAUUCAGGCCAAAUGACCUUCCAACUUGUGCUCGGAAUUCAUCUAAUAGGUAAUGGGAUGUAGAAGGAGAAACAACGUUGGUUGAGGUGUGUCGAAACCAACGUACGAGUAGGCCUGUAAAAGAGGAUUCAAAGAAAACACACUUUAUGCAAGUUUAUACAGUGUGGGUACUGAAAGCUUGUGAGGAGCUUUUACUCUGAUUGAUGUAUAUAUGUAACUGCGCUGAGGAUUGCCCGUGGCCCCGACUCUUAGUGAUGUAGACUAGGGUGUAAGAGCUUGAAGCUGCUGAUGCAGUGCUUUGUGACAGAGAGGCCAGCGAAGGAAGCCAUGAUGUAGCUCCACCUUAAUGGAAGGUUUAGAUGUGAAGUAGUGGAUUAGGACUGAUAGUGUGUGGUUGACCUUGGAGACGUAAAGCGGAGUGACCGCAUAGGAGGUUUAAGUAAGAUGCUUGAUUUGUAGGUUUGGAGAAAGAGGCAAAAAAAACAUAUUUAACUGCAAAAGUCUUGAUUCAAGCAAACUCUGUGACAUGUACAAUAUACAAGGCCCUGGCGUGAGUGAUAGAGUAGUCGUGAAACUGCGUGAAGUGAGCGCACCUGUACGUGGUGCAAUUGUGUGCUUAGUCCAAGAUUAGCUCAUGGAAUGGUGGUAUCCCGGAUGACAUGUAGUGGAUCAUAGGGAGUGCCUGAAAGAAGACCUUAAAAUGAGAGCGUGCAAGAGUGUCAGUGGCUAUGUAGUGGACACCAGGAAUGUAAAUGUAGACCAGAAAGAGCUGAGUGGUUGCUGUCUGACGAAUCAUCCACAGUGGCGGUGAGUAUGACCACCCUUGCUAAUGAAAUCGCAGGCUGCAGAGUCGUCAGAGCAGCAUUCCACUGCCUUGCCGGUCCAAAGAUGACCCAGAGUGAGGGAGGCCACCACGAAAGGGUAGAUCUCCAACAAAGUAGAGUUCUCUCCAAAGGCCGGCAAGGCAUCCGACUCAGUGGGCCAGGCGUCCCUAACGAGUGGUUACUGAAAAAAGGCUGCGAACCCUGUGUGUGCUGCUGCGUCUGUGUGAAUUGAAAGUGAGUGUUUUGAAAGUGGGGGAAUGACCAAUGAAAUCACAGUCCAUGCGGCCAAAAAACUACUCCAAUUGUGUAAAACUGUCCUGGCUGGAUCGCCCGAAUGGUUGGGCAGGGGUUGGUACCUCGUGGAGCAAAUUUAAGUAGCCCAGGGACAAGAGACCAGCCCUGCGGAAUGAUACGCACAACAAAGUUGAGGGGCCUAAACCAGGACUGAAGCCCCCUCCAAUUGUGCGCAACACUCUGCAGGAGCAGGACAAAUCCAUUCCUAAUGCGGAACAGAACGUCUGGGAGGCUGGCUUGGAAAGUAGUGGAGUCCAAUACUAUGCCUCAGAAAACAAGCCUGGAAGAGGGACCGACUGAAAAGGGGGAGACCCAGGCCUGACUGGUGUGCUGGGUAUUUCGUCCAACAGUAGACAGAUUAUUGGGAUGGAUGCUUGUGACAUUCUGAAAAGAAAUAAUGAUUUGGAUGAGACCUCCGGAGAACUGGCUGCUAGCUAGUGCCGAGGCGAAGAAUUAACCUAGGACCAAGUGACAAGAUGGCAGGAUGUUGGCCUCUCGGUGACAGUAAUAGAUUCAAAACGUGUGGCCGUGACUUGGGAAGCCCUAACUGUAGCCCAAAGAAGAGUGAGCGAGGUGGCUAGCUAUGAUUUGGUCAUGGGGCUGAACCUCCGGGUACGAGGUGGGGGUGUACACCUUGCAGACCGCAGUAUUAUUUGGGAAAGCUAGGGCCAGCGCCUAACCCUGAAAGCCAGUUCUCUAACAUGACGGGGCUUGUCUCUAGAAAGGAAGUAUGUGACGUAUGUAGAUACUGACCUUGAGUGUUUGUCCUGUAUAUUUAGACAAUGCUCAGGGCGACUUCAAUAUAUAUGUGUGUAUAUGUGUAUAUAUAUAUAUGUGUGUGUGUGUGUGUGUGUAUGUAUAUGUAUGUAUAUAUAUAUAUAUAUAUAAUAUAUAUAUAUAUAUAUAUUGCGAAUAACAGGUCCAGUCCAGGAACCUAGGGGUAAAAGGAUGCUAGCAGGCCUGAGGCGUGCCACUGGUAUGCCAAGUGUAAAAAUGUAGAACAUAUGGAAAGGAGUGUAACAGCGAAGCUGUAGCGUAAGAACCAGUGUAAGCUGAGGGACCUGAACGUUGGUCUAAAUAUUUUGAGACAAGCCCCUGGAUUCCCACAAAUGUGCAUUACUUGUGAAAGAUACAAAGGCAAAAUGAGGCCUUAGAAGGAACAUAAUCGUAGUGAGUAAAAUUAAUGAUACUGAAACGUCGGGGUCCAGGUAGCCUGUUGGUUUGUUGAUGGCGUAGUGGAUCUGCGACAUGGUGCAGGUCUAAGUAAUGAUAUGUAGAAAUGCUAAACAAAUUUAGUACAUUAAUAUAAUAGUAACAUGGAGGGUGAGGCAUCUUUAGAGCUGGUGUGUUUUGAAGUUAGAACCCACUGUGGGAGGAGGGAAGGGAUAGUAAAAAAGGCCGUGGAGGCUGAAUGAGGCCUCAGGAGAAAUGUAAAAAUGUUAACCUUUUUCUACCUGAUACCGUGAGACGGGAUACUGGUACCACCUCCUAGAGUUUUCUUGAAGAAGAGUAGUAGAACCUAAAACACAUUCAUUAUUUAAAAAUAAGGAACCAGAGUAUAGUGUUUUUAAUAUAAAUAGAGAUUUUAGAAAUAAGAGCUAAUGAACAAAUUGCGCGUGGAGCUGCAAAAAUUUAAGCGGUUUGAUUGGCUUGACUUUUUUACAUCAAAAAGCGUAAGGAGGCUAACUGUGUCUUUAAGAGAAUGCCCCUGGUAAUUUAUGCAUAAUUAAAUGUGACUAUGGGUGAUGAAUAAUGACACUCUGAUUUAAGGAAAACGUAGGGAGAACUGUGUACAUGUUUUAUAAAAGGAACAAAUUUGAUGAACAUACUUAAAAUUAUACAAAUAACUGCAUAAAACCUCAUGCGUAUGGUUAAUGAAAGUGCAAGAGGGAUAUAACAGGACCGCAUGUGAUACAUUAGGAAAAACUAAAAGCUAGUAAAACAGCUGUCCGUACGUGUUUCGGCUAAUGAACGUAUGUAAGAAACAGGCGAACGUAGGUGAGUUUAAGCGGUCGGUAUUUAAUACUAACGAAAGAAAACCGAACGAGUGUGUACUCUGCGGUCGGCUAAUAGCCACACGAACGCAGAAGUACACGAACAGCAGAGUUAUACAAACAGGUAAGUAAUAUAGGUAGCCUAUCCCCGCGUUUUUAGGCCCGAAUGCUAUUUCCCACGUUGAUGCUUACGUGUGCGUGCCGGUCCCGUGAUCAGAAGCAAGAACGCCGGGUAACGAGUAAGGAAUACAGCGGAGCACAGAUGUCGGCGGCAGGAGCUGCUGAAGACAGAGUGUUUGUUCGAGGCAGGACUGGCAGGAACAACGACCGGAAGUGCAGGUAACCAUGAAGACAAACAGCUUUCACGACAAAGGUAAGUAGGGUUUAUAUAGGAUAUAGGAUCAUAACUCCUCCUACAAAUUCAGGCGAAAUGGCCUUCCAACAUACAAUAUAGAACAGCUUGGCACUCUCCUUACUUUGAAAAAAAAGGAAAGUAUUUUGCCUAGGUGCUACCCGCUUUCAAAAUAUAAAAACAUAAAGUCAGGGGUGCACUCACAGGUCUUCAGUAAAGUGAAAACUGGCUUAUUAAGUGAAAAACAUCUUCAAUACAUCCGUGAACAAAAUCGACAUUUCAACCCCUAAGGGUCUUUUUCAAGAUCACAGCACAAACACACAAGUGACCAUAUAUACAUGUAACAAUAGAACGACUUACCAAUGAUGUGAGAGGAAAUCUUGUGAACCCAUCACCUACAAGCCACAACUAACCCGGAAGUGCUGAAAGCCACGGUAAUGUCAUCAUGUUAUGACGUAUCGCGGGAGAAGAACGUGGUUACUAGGCGACCAAAUGCUGCCGUGAAAAGUGAAAGUAAACAGCAUCCCAAGUCCGGGAUCUAUAUACAGAAACAGACACAAGAGUCUCUAGAGGGAGGAAUAUAUAAAUGAACAUAUAAAAAAAAACUGAGUUUACACAAACAAUACACAGAGCAGUGGGCAGACUAAGAGGUGUAGACCAACUGUCAGUAUAAAUCUAUGAUGUGAUUAAGUGAAUAAUUGAUAUGUGAUAGGCAGAGUCAAAAUCACCAAUUAGACAUGUCACACUAAGGCCAUGAAUGGAGAGUGCAUGUAACAAAAUACAUCCUAUUAAGUCUGCUGAAAAUAAUAGUACUUACAAGGAACAAAAAAAAUUGAAAUCAAACCAAGAACAAACUACAUUGCUGUGGUAUCUAGAGUAGAUAAUAUACAAUAUAUUUAUAAAGUCGGCAGAUCAGUCUUAGCAGCAAUAAUAGUCUCAAUUAAUAAACUAAAAAAAUAGCUGGCACCAGGGCUGUCUUUAACAUUGAUUGGACCCUGGACAAGCAUUUGCUUGGGCCCCCUGGAUCCUGCCCUUCCCCUCCACACAUUUCCACCCCCUGGCAUGCAGUCAUGCCCUCCACCCCAAUACAGUGGCAUAAAUAAUGUAGAGAAGGCCCAGGUGCAAGACAUUUUUUUUGGCCUCCCAUCUAGCACAAUAAUGGAGAAAAGAUAGAUCCUCAUCUGUUGUACAAUUCCAACGAUGCUAUGCCAGUUGGGGAUCUACCAUUUGGUCAUUCUUGCAGGGCUGUGUUUGUGAGCUGUGUUUGUAAAUUUGAAUGUGAGCAUGUUGUUGUAUAGAGUAUGUGUGUGCAUGUACGGUGUAGUAUUGGUGUUAGAGUGAAGGGGUGUGUUUCUAUAUACUUUUUGAGUUUGAAUUCAGGGGCGUGUUUGUAUGUAAUGUUUGUGUUUGCAGGGGUGUGUUUGCAUGUUGUGUUUGAUUGCUUGGAUGUAUGACAUACAUUCACAGAUAUCCAUACACAUUAGCACACUGAUACAUGCACACAUCUGGACACAUGCACAGACUGAUACAAACAGACUGGCGUAUACACACACAGACACAUACAUACAUACACACACACACAGAUACAGAGAUAAAAACACUGGCACAUCCACACACAGAGAUACACACUUACACACACUGACACAGAUAUAUACACACAUUAAGAUGCACACAGACACACGGGUACACAUGCAGGGGUGUAUUUGUGUGCAGUGUUGGUGAAGGAAUGCUGGGAUGUAUGCAUUGCCACACAGAUGCACACUUACACAAACACUGAGAUACACACAGGAACACAGAUACACAUGCAGUGGUGUAUUUGUGUGCAGUGUUAGCGUUGGAAUGUAGUAGUGUAUGUGUGUGCAGUGUUGGUACUGGAAUGAUGGAACGUAUGCAUUGCCACACGCAUAGAUACACACUUACACAAACUGACACUCAUACAUACACAGAUACACAUACACAGACACGCAGGUACACAUACAAACUGACACACAAGUACACAGAAACAGGUAUACAUCCACAUAGAUACACAUAAACACUGACACAAAGGUACACAUACACUGACACAGCCAGAUACACACACACUGACACAAACACAGCCAGAUACACACACACACUGACACUCACAUAGCCAGAUACACACAUACAGCCAGAUACAAACGCACACACAUACAGAUACACACACAUAGUCAGAUGCACACGCAUAAAGUGAGAUACACACACACACAGUCAGAUACACACACAUAGUCAGAUACACACACACUGACACAAACACAGCCAGAUACACACACACUGACACUCACACAGCCAGAUACACACAUACAGCCAGAUACAAAUGCACACACAUACAGAUACACACACACAUAGUCAGAUGCACACGCAUAAAGUCAGAUACACACACAUAGUCAGAUACACACACAUAGUCAGAUACACACACAUAGUCAGAUACACACACAUAGUCAGAUACACACACACAGUCAGAUACACACACACACAUAGUCAGAUAUACACACAUUUAUAUCAAUUUAAGUCUAGCCACCCUCUUGUCUCCUUACCUUUAGAGAAGGGUGGCUUCCCUGGGGUCCAGUGGAAGCUGGAUGGCUGAGGUUGAUGGGAGUCUGAUGAACAUGUUUACCUCAGUCCCUCUCCUCCUGUGUGUGCAUCCUCCCUCUCCUCCACUUCCAUGUGUGUCUCCUCCUCCCCAGCGGUACUCUGUUACUUGGGAGGAAGUGAUCUCACCUCACCUCCUCCCAGCAGGCAGGAAGACAGGGGCCCGGUCAGGAGCACUCUUAAACGGCCGGGGGGCCCUGAUUACUUCACGUGCCGCAGCCCACCGGAAGAUUUCUCAGUAUACUGGUGGGCUGUUCAGUCCUGGUUGCGGGCAGGGGGCCCACGGGGUAGCUGCUUUGGGCCCCCCAAGAGUUAUUGGGCCCAGGGCAGCUGCCCCGUUUGCCCCUUGUUAAAGACGGCCCUGGCUGGCACUAUUAUUAACAAAAACAAGAACCGAAAUUAAUAUGGUACAAACUAAUAGAAAGCUGGAAAAAUACUUUUUUCAAGACCACUUUUACAGACUGAAACGCCGACUGGAACGUUGUGUGAAUUUGUAAUUGCUCAAUAAAGCAAGAGAUGAAAUCCUGAGUGCUCUCUACUGGUAUUGUGUGUGUGUGUGUGUGUAUGUGUAUAUAUAUAUAUAUAUAUAUAUAUAUAUAUAUAUAUAUGUAUGUAUGUAGCGGAGCUGCAAUAUUAAAUCCCAGUAUCUCCGCUGGUAAAAGAAAGUGAUCCGAGAAAAACGCUGAAAUGAAGGCAAUAUCCCAAAUCCCCCAGUAACUGGAUGAAACACAGUUCUGGGAGUCAACUGAGGUUUUUAUUCACAUGCUCCAGUAUUUAUGUGAUUCCCCAUGGAAGGGGUUUCCUUAAUCAUUUUACAGGGGUUAUACAGUAGGGGACUACAUGGGGAACUGAACAUGCAGGACAUUUUUCCCACCAUGCACUGCUGUACGAGAGGGAUACUCUAACAGAAUAUCCUGUUAAGUGGAUUAUCCCUCCGUACAGCAGAACCGGGCUUUUUACUCAAAAAUAUGUAACUGGCACAUUAUUCGUGCUAUUGGACCGAAUGACAUAUGAGUAGAAAGCUGGGAUCUGAGCGCAUACUUCGGUAGAUUACCGCUCAGAUCCCAGCACAAUUAGCCGAACGCCACACAAAAUACAUUUUAAUAUGAAUUCUCCAUAAAAGACACGAAUACAUAGUUUGAGCGAAAGUACCGAAAGACCGGUGUUCCCGAACGGUCUGGAAGUCCAGCGGUCCUUGUGCCGUUGAGUAGCCGAUUUUAGUUCCAGCACUCGACGACCAAACACAGCUGGGCUAAAAGUGAAUCCAAGAUGGCCGCCGCGUGGUCGGUAUCCGAACGGCGGCCACCCCUCGAAUCAAUUAACUGGGGAACGCUACAAUGUUGCAAUCUGUUAAUGGGAGCCACACGACCUCCUGUGUGUGGUCUCCCAUUUGGUACUUUGUUCGUUUCACGAACAGUGUUGAAAGUCACUGUUCGUGAAACUACCAUAUGAAUGCUAGCAGCUUUUGCGCCACUAGCAUACGAAUGCUCUCUAUCACCUUUUUACGCGAACACAUAAAACACAGGUUAAACAGCCUUUCUAGGACAACCAUUAGAUAUAUAAAGGAAUAGUCUGAAGUGGCUACGUUUGCAUAUAUAUAUAUAUAUAUAUAUAUAUAUAUAUAUAUAUAUAUAUAUAUAUAUUAAAGGGACACUAUAGUCACCUGAACAGCUUAAUGAGGUUGUUCAGGUGAGAACUAUAGCUCCCUUCAGCCUUUCUCAUGUAAACACUGUAUUUACUGAGAAAAUACAGUGUUUACAUUGAAAGCCGGGAACACCUCCAGUUGCAGUCACUCAGAGUGAACCAGAGGGACUUCGGAGUUGAUGGAUUCAUAAUAUGCCUCCAUCCACUCAGAUCUGCUGUCAGCAGAGCACAGGGCAGCACUGUGCACAAAACAAGGAGUAGAGUCAGCGCUAAUCAGGAAGGCAGCAGUCCCAAACAAGGACUCCCUCUAAUGUCCCUGGAGAUAAAUAGACAAAGCAAGAAAAUGGGGGAUGGGUCUGCGCCACUGUGCACAACAGAUAAUGAUAUUAAGUCCAAUGGGAUCUAUAUAGUUGUAUCCAAAGUUCUACUUUAUACGAUAUCCAGAAGAUGUCAAUGACGUGGAGGAUAAUCCAAAUAUAUAAAAAUAGAAGAGUUCUUACUUACAGUUGACAGAGCUUAAUCCAGCUCUGGUGUGAAUGGCUUACAGCGGUAUUAUCCCCGCUUGCAGGAUAUACGGCAAGUGUCCUCUUCUAUGUAGUGGCAGGUAACGAAGUUUGGAAAUAAAAAUGGAAACCAUAAUGGUGCACACAUGCGAUAAGAGAUAUAAAAUAUAAUAGAUACACUCACAUUCGGUAGAGCUUCAGCUAGCUCUAGUUAGGCGUGCAGCGGUAUAAUCCCCGCUUGUAGGAUAUGGGAUGAGUGAUCUUGACGCGAAUAUCAGUAGAGGAUUUUGCAGAGUUGCAGAAGUUGAAGAUAAGAGUUUCAGGAGGAAAGUCAGUGUUCUGCCUGAAAACAUCCUGUAUCCUGGCUCCUGAAAACAUCCUGAUCCUCUAUGGAGACUCCGUGUGUCCCGUCGCCGGAAUCCUCCUGAAACUCUUAUCUUCAACUUCUGCAACUCUGCAAAAUCCUCUACUGAUAUUCGCGUCAAGAUCACUCAUCCCAUAUCCUACAAGCGGGGAUUAUACCGCUGCACGCCUAACUAACUAGAGCUAGCUGAAGCUCUACCGAAUGUGAGUGUGUCUAUUAUAUUUUAUAUCUCAUCGCAUGUGUGGAACAUACUGCACCAUUAUUGUUUCCAUUUUUAUUUCCAACUUGGUUACCUGCCACUACAUAGAAGAGGACACUUGCCGUAUAUCCUGCAAGCGGGGAUAAUACCGCUGUAAGCCAUUCACACCAGAGCUGGAUUAAGCUCUGUCAACUGUAAGUAAGAACUCUUCUAUUUUUAUAUAUUUGGAUUAUCCUCCACGUCAUUGACAUCUUCUGGAUAUCGUAUAAAGUAGAACCUUGGUUACAACGAUAUAGAUCCCAUUGGAUUUAAUAUCAUUAUCUGUUGUGCACAGUGGCGCAGACCCAUCCCCCAUUUUCCAGCACUGUGCACAGCAUCCUGUGAUUCAGUAUCUCCUCCCUCUCCAUGCAGACAAUGAACGUAUUCCUUCAGAUUAGAGGCAGUGCUUUACAACAGGGAUUUCUAAUCUGGAGGGAAAAAACAGGCAGGCAAUCCCCCAAACUUUUCAAGAACCUCCCCCAAUUAACCUUUGGCACUAUAAAUUGCCUCUUACCUAGGACAGCCCCAGUUCUUUAUCUUCCUUCGGCAGAGGAGGGUGUCAGGUUUUCCCCCAGGAGUAUGGUGAGAGGGCUGAGGCUUGGGAGACUCUGCUUCUUUUAUUUUUUUUCCGGAGAUCUGCCAGGGAUAAGCACGCCGAAUGUCUGCAUCUCCCCUGUUUGUAUUACUUCUGUCUAUACCAUGCCAGGCAGAUGAUGGUGCGCAUGCGUGCGCUAGCUGGGAGGUCCUGGCGGUGGGACACACCUACAGGUUGCGAUGCUUUUCACCGUGGAAUUGCGGCACGCAUGGCACAUGCGCAAUGCGAUUUCAAAAUUCAGGGGCCAACAUUUUUUUUUCUCUCCCUGUUUCAAAAUUUUGGUUUCCAGGAUUUAGAGAGGCUGUUUACCCAGCAGCAACGAACUGAUUGCCAGCUGCACUCAGAAUCUGUUGCAAGUGUGUUCUCACCUUCACUCCAACACACUUUGAGGCCAUUUAAGUUAAGACUGUUUUUGCUUUUAUCUUAAAUGAGUCUAGCCUGAAUUGUUAUCUAUUUGUUCUGUGCUGCAUGUUCCCAACCCAGUUAAAAUUGUUAAACAAAAAAGUGCAGAUAGUUCUAAGAAUAAUGGUAAAACGAUGUUAUUAGCUGCUUAACACAUAAAAGAUUAUUCCUAAAUUCUUUAAACAAAUAGUGCAUUGAAAAUGUAAGCACUUAGUAGAUCGGUCCCAUAAUAGAUUCUAAUGGGUUCUUAUUCUGAUAUAUUAGCAAUUUGUGUAGAGCCUAAAUGUCUAUGCACACUUCCCCAGGGGGGUGCCAGAGAUAGAUAUAUGUAUAUUUAGAGGUGUAAGUGUGCAUAUGUAUAUGUGUGUGUGUGUGUGUGUGUGUAUAUAUAUAUACACACACAUAUAUAAUUUGAGAGUAUUAGGUAUAUACCCAUAAACAUAAAUUGUAUAAAAUCUCAAAUUUGUUUAAAAGAACAAGUAUUCCUAGCUAUUACUAUAAAUAGCUGCUAACACAGUUAAAAUAAGUGAUGAGGAGUUCCAAUAAUCACUAUAUGAUGCAACAGAGUCAGAUAUAUAAAGAAAGUAAGGUGUUCCUGUGGAAUAUAUUACCAAUCCUUCUUCACAAUUGGAGGAUUAACCGCUGGAUGAUCUCCUUAUGGAGGCUGAUAAUUUAAAAAUCUUGUUCUUGUAUUCAGAUACUUUUGUAGCAGAUGGAUCCAUUAAAUUCCAGACUCCCAGCCUCAGUGAAGGUUUCUUAGAGCAAGCAGUAGGCUUUUAGUGAACACUGUAGACAAUUCUCUGAAACUCUGUUACAAGUAGCCUUAUCACCACUUCAACUUGUUUCACCUGAUCUCAGUUUCUUAAAGGUGUAGUCUGUUUUCUGCUCGGGCAGAACUUUUCCUGUGCUUAACUCCAGGGUUGCACAUUUUAUGUUUUCAUCCUUUUUUAAUUCCAAGUCCUAUAAUUAUAUCAGUUAUAUAUUUUGAAUGUGCUGAACUGAUUGUGGAAUUGCAAAAUAUAAGGAAAUGCUUUCCUAAAAUUGGUUCCUGCAAAGUUUGCAUCAAACAUGUUUGAAAUGCAGUCUGCAGCCAUUCAGUCUGCUCAAGCCUCUGCUUCCCUAAUCCGGCUAAGAAAAAGCCUAAAUCAUGGGUAGUCUCUCUUCGGCUAGUAAAGAUGGUAGCCUGUAUGUACUAGCCUCCAUGGGAAAAUAUUUAUUCCUCAUGUUGCUGGGCUUGACGUCGAUGGCUGGUACGGCUGCAGGCCUAUUGAUCAUGGGACAUAUCCACCAUAUUAAUUUUGUACCCUGCACUGCCAUAGAUACGGGAUUAAAUGGUUUAUUGUUACUGCCCAAGUUUGUUUUGCCGUUUUAUUUUUAAAGAAAGAGCUUAUAUGGCAAUUGCUACUUGUGAUUCACUCACUAUGCAGAAUGUUCCCAUCCUAUAAAUUUGUUGAUUUACUACAAUGCUGCUGCCUAACAGGCACCUCAUUGUUUUUUGUACCCCUGCCCAUAAAGGUUAUGGUGCUUUGUCAACAGCCUAAACAAGGAUUCUAGGAAUCUUCUGAUGAAGAAUUCCCUCUACCAGAGCAGUGCAGUUUCCGUUGCUUGAUAAGGAACAGUUCAGGAGCAAAGACAGAAAUCCAAGUUUUUCCCUUUGCUUCCACAUUGAAGGUUUUGAUUCUCAGGGAAUGGUAAUUCCCAGGAGGGAAUCCUUUCAUUUCUUAACACUUUAAAUCUCUCUUAUCCUUCAAUAGAUGAGAUGCUAUGAAAAAUCGUUUUUAAAAUCUUCUUUAAAGAAUUAUUUAUUUUUGUCUCUUCAGCAUCUCUAUGCGUAGCACUGAUUACAGGUUCUUCAGUGGCAAAGGCACAGAAACAUUUGCUGGAAGAAUUUGAAAAGAUUUUUGCAGGUAAAUCCAAAAAUUCUGUCAUUCCAUUUGAACCAGGCAGAAAUGAAGGAUGUCAGACGGUUCUUACAGUUCCGUUCUAGAUCUCAAGACAAUCAACAAGUUUUCAUUUGGAAAGUCUGUAACUCGGGCUACUAUAGUCUGAGUUGGCUUCAUAAUGGCUAGUUUCAAAAGCUGAGCAGACUUGUCCCUGGUUUGUUUCUGGAUGGGAUACCAGUCGUUUCUUACCAUAAGGUGAAAUUAGGUUUAAAUCAGAACCCAGCAAAAGAUUCCUAAGCUUUGUAAUAAACUUCCAGUUACAGACUCUGCCUUAUCAGUUCAGAGCUUUUCCUUUGGUCUUUCCUCAGCACCAGCUUCUAUCCCAGCGGUCAGUUGGGCAAAGGCCAGAGGAGACCUCUCCAAAGAAGCCCUUUAAGCUUCUGGAACAAACAAACGUACAGCUUGUACAUACCUAUGAAACUCAACAUUCACGCUCUGAUGAAUUUUUUUUUUUUCGGUAGCCCUCGUUCCGUUUACUGCAGUCAGGUUUUUUCUUUCCAGAUGAUGUCGUUCAGAAUUUUACGCCCUGAGUCGUCCACAUUUAAUACAAGCAGAUUGGUCCUUUUCUCUCAGAUCUUCGGUCAAAUAGCAAGGCAAUUCGGUUAUCCAGAUAUAGACCUGAUGGCUUCUAGAUCAAACAUGAGGAUUUUCAUCUUUGGACCUCUUAGACAGACCAGAGGUUAUAGAUUCCCUUUCUUUCUAUGGAAUUACAGCCUAGCCUUUAAGUUUCCACCUAUUUCUCUAAUCCCCAGGAUUCUACAGGAUGGAAAAGGUAAUAAUAAUCGUAAUCCUCCUUUGGUGUCCGAGAAGUUGGUUCACCGUUCAUCUGAAUUUAACUGGAUUUAUCUUUUGGAAACUUCCCCUGUCAGACAUCCUUGAACACUCCAUGGUACCUCUUCCAACUUUUUAGAAAUUCAAACUGAUGACCUGGUUUCUGAAUACCAGAUAUUGAAGGAUAAGAUUUUGUCUCAUGAAUUGAGAUUUUGAUAUAUGCUGAAAAAAAGAAUCUUGGUCAGUUAUGGAAGAAGUUUUGUUUUUGAUGUAUUAGUUCAAAGUAAAUCUGGCAACCGCUUCCAUUUUUUCUGAUGGGCUUUGCAAAAGAAUUGAAUCCAGCUAUCCUCAAGGUCCAAUUUUCGGCUAUCUGUUCUUUUCAUUCAGCUGUUUUACUCCAUAUUCUUAACUCAACAGAAUAUUCAAGACUUUGUCUCGUUUGGUUUCUACCAUCAAGGGAUUUUUUUCCUCCAUGGGGUCUUAUUUUGGGUUUUCAAGCUCUGCUGAUUUUGAGUCUUUGCUCAAGGGUUUUUAGGGGCAAUUACCUCUUUUGGGAGAACUUCAAGCUCUUCAGUUUUUUCCAUUUUUUUUUUUUUCAUCAGGACAAAGUGGUGAUAAAGUUGGUGUAACGGAAUCGCUUGCACCCGACCGGGAACCUUCCGUUGAUGGAUGCUCCUAGUGCUUUCCGGGACUCUAAGCACUCUGCCAGACAGCAUAACCACUGUAGACUCCCAAGAACCGCCGCAGCUUGGUUGGGGUCUUGCCGUCUCCACCCACUCUGGACCCAAGACCAGGGUCCAGCUUCCAGUAGGUCGACCUCUCUGAAUUCCAGUGAGCAGGAACAAGCUCUUAGCAGAGCAAAGUGAUUAUACCCUGGGGAGUAUAGUGAUUACAGCAAUCCCCAGAGUGUAGUUCUCCAAUCCCCCAAACAUGAGCCGAAACUUCAUGAAGGUACAAGAUCUGACUCCAAUGAGCGUUUUAUUACUCCUUAUAUAGAAGUUUUCAGGCCAGAGGCACACCCCCUGGACCUGGUGGUAAACUGUGACAAAAGGGACAUAAACCAAUGGGAACACUAAUUAACAUAAUAACACUCCCACAUACACAAUGAAAUCCCACCUCUCCAUCCUGGAGAUAAUUGGCUUAAGGCACUGCAGUAAACUCAAUUAUCUCCAGGUCCAGAAAAUAUCUACAUUUUACACUAACAGCAAAAAUACAUAAAAGGACAUAAAAAUCCAUAAUUCUUAUUAUAUUACACAGAACCCCCACAUUCAACCUAUCCCCAUGUAGCAAAGUAAAUGUGCCAUGGGGUAAAGCAUAGCAAGGGCUAUUGAGAAACCAAGGAGGGACAAAAUCAGUCAGUUCCAACUGGUUUGGCAGUGUGGCUGGGACAACGCCCUGCUGGAGAACAAUAGACAUGAAACAGGGGAGGGGAAGAGACACACCUUCCCAUGGAUUCAAAUGGGCAGAAACAGUCUUUCAAAGCCAAUAAGCCCCAAAUAGUCUUUUUAAAUGGCAAUACACCCCAGGGCCAUAGUCAUGAGAGAGGAGGCUGGCAAUCAGGCUUCUCCAACAGCCAGGGGCAAAGGGCAGCUUGUCAUCUAACAAUCCAGUGACAAAAGGCAUUUCGUCACAGUUGGAUCCUUCUUUUAUUCCCAAUCUAUCAUUAUUACCAACUUUGGCCAACAGCUUUCUAAGGCUUUAGAAUUCGAAUUCCACUGCCUGGAUGUUAAGAGUUCUCUGCUGCAGUACCUAAAAAGUACUAAGUCAAUUAGGAAAUCUAACAUACUUUUGUCUUGUUUUAUGGCUUCUACAGGAUCUGGCCAGAGGGUUAAAAGUCUGCAUUCAUUUGACUUUUUUUUCUCAUCUAACACCUAUCUCUAUUGAAGCUCUUUCUCUCAGAGCUUUGUUCACAUCUUGCGCCUGAGGGCUUCAGCUAUACCUUCUCAUAUUUUUUUCUACAACCAUGUGGUGAUCUCUUCACACAUUUGCUGAACAUUGCAAUUAGGCCUAUUGGCCUCAGAAGAUGCAACUUUGGGCGCAAGGUGUUACAUGCAGUUGUGAAAUGAGUCUCGGCCUUAGGGGAUUGAUUUGAUUAUCCCUGUUGUAAAGCAUUGCCUCUAAUCUGAAGGGAAAAGCAUAAAUUUUUACUUAAUGUAAAUUUAUUUUCCCCGAACAUUAGAGGCAGUUCCCCCCCUCCCCCCCUUCUUGGAGGUUCUUGAAAAGUUUGGGAGACUGCCUGCCUGUUUUCCCCCCAGAUUAGAAAUCCCUGUUGUUAAGACCUGCCUCUAAUCUUCAGGAAAAAUAAAUUUAUGGUAAGUAAAAAUUUAUGCUUUCCUCAUAGAGAUUAAUUGAUUUCAAUUCAUCUCUAUGAGGAGAUGCUGAUUGGCCAGGGCUGUGUUUGAAUCAUGCUGGCUCUGCCCCGUAUCUGCCUCUCUGUCAGUUUCAGCCAAUCCUAUGGGGAAGCACUGUGAUUGGAUCAGGCUACCACAUGUCAGCAAACUGCUUUUUUUUCUGAAUCUAACAGCAUGCAGAUUUACUGUUUCAGGCUGGAAUACAGUAAGAUUUUUACUAUAUUUAUGGAGGCAUAAGGGGCCCAGGGGGGCUAAAUGGUGGUGUUAACACUAUAGGGUCAGGAAUACAUGUUUGUGUUCCUGACCCUAUAGUGAUCCUUUAAUAAUAAUAUAGCACAUUGGAUGCAAUUUUGUGCAUAUGAAUAUGCACAGAAUUGACAUUAGCCAGUCUGGAACACUAGUUCGCAAGGGUUUAAAGUGAAACAUGGCACACACAGACCCCAUGCAUUGAAAUCAUUUAAGUGGUGGUGCUUGGAGAAAACCUUUUUAAAGAGACAUUGGGCCAUUUUCCACCUCUAAAAAACAAGGACAAACAAUGAUUGGAUGAUCAGAUCUACUCAGAGCAUCAGUGCAGAAACUCCUAUUUGUAGGAAGCCAGCAAUGAACUGGGGAUUCUAGUAGAUGGGAGAGGACUUUCAGAUUAUGUUUUGCCUCUUCAAAUGGGGGCUUUUCACUCUUGUUCACAUUUCUCUGUUUCUCAAUAUUAAGGGUCCCAUGGUUGUGAAGGCCAGUAAUAAUGACUCAACUAGCAGCAAUCCACAUGUGUCAGAGGAGUUACAUAGGACCUUUAUCUCCAGCCCAGUCCUUCCACCUUGCUCCCUGAUCCAUGAAGGAAACAAUGAACAGAAGAUUCUGGAACUGACCAAUCAGAUCAUUGAGUUGCUGACUGGAGAGGUGAGGUUGCUGGGAAUUGGGACCUCAUACAGUAAAACCAAGGGAUGUGUUUGGAUGGUGACUGUAUCAUUCUGUGUGUAUCAGGUUCCUAUAAGGUGUGAGGAUGUCACUGUCUAUUUCUCCAUGGAAGAGUGGGAGUAUAUAGAAGGACACAAGGAUCUCUACAAGGGCAUGAUAAUGCUGAACCACAAUUCACCGGGUAAGUAAAGGUUUAUUUGCUGUUAUUUGGGUGUAAUGCCAUACAAAGUAGCUGUGUUGUUGUGGUAUUUUAUUUAUUAGCUCUUAAUUUGCAUUUUCUUCCAACAGAUAAAUCUGUACCUGAUGGAUUAUACAUUCCUGUUUCUUCAUCAGAUAUCCGAACCAAAGGUAAAAGCAACAAUGGAAAAUCUUCUAUAAUAAACCAAACAAAGCAUAAAGGAAUUAAAUCUGUAAUAUUCAUGUCAGAAGAAUAUUUGCUGUGUGAAGAAGAAAAUUUAACAGACAAUUCUAUACCCACAGAACAUCUACAGAUAGAAUAUCCGUCUACUCCUAUUAAGGAGGAACCAGCCCCAUGUGAAGAAGGAAAUCUCACAGACCUUUCUAAACCCACAGUACAUCCACGAACAGAAUAUCCAACUACUCCUAUUAAGGAGGAACCAGCCCCAUGUGAAGAAGGAAAUCUCACAUACAUUUUUACACCCACAGAACAUCCACAGGUAGAAUAUCCAACUGCUCAUAUUAAGGCGGAACCAGCCCCAUGUAAAGAAGGCAAUCUCACAAACAGUUUUACGCCCAUCAGACAUACUGAGAGAUAUACUUCAAUUCAUUUUAACGAAGCCUUAUCUUUACGUGCGGAUGGAUAUAUCAGAGAUGUUGAUUCUGUCUCAGACCAAACAUACAGGGUACAUACACCUAGUAGGACUGAUGAAUCCGCUCCCUGUGCAAAAGGAGAUUUCACAGAUGCUGAGAAGUAUAUUGUAUCUGAUUCAUCUGAAUACAGGAAUAAUUUUACUCAUGGGUCACUUCUUGUUAAACCGCAAGUGAUUCAGACUAGAGAAAAGCAAUUUAAGUGUAUUGAUUGUGGGAAAUGUUUCAAUCAUCGUUACAAUCUUAAAACACAUACACUUAUUCACACAGGAGAAAAACCAUUUAAAUGCUCUGAAUGUGGGAAAUGCUUUAAUGUACAAUCUAAUCUUAACAUGCAUCUAAUUAUUCACAAAGGAGAAAAAUCAUUUAAAUGCUCUGAAUGUGGGAAAUGUUUUCACCGAAAGCAGGAUCUUAUGAGGCAUUUGCAGAUUCACACAGGAGAAAAACCAUUUAAAUGCAAUGAAUGCGGGAAAUGCUUUAAUAGAAAGCAGGAUCUUAUCAAACAUCAGCGUAUUCACACAGGAGAAAACCAAUUUCAAUGUAAUGAAUGCGGGAAAUGCUUUAAUGCAAAGCAGGAUCUUAUUGUUCAUAUGCGGUUUCACAAAGGAGAAAAAACAUUUAUAUGUACUGAAUGUGGGAAAUGUUUUAACCGAAAGCAUGAUCUUAUCAGGCAUCAGCUGAUUCACAAAGGAGAGAAACCAUUUAAAUGCAUUGAAUGUGGAAAAUGCUUUAAUGCACAAUAUAACCUUAAUAUGCAUCUAAUUAUUCAUACAGGAGAAAAACCAUUUAAAUGCUCUGAAUGUGGGAAAUGCUUUAAUAGAAAGCAGGAUCUUAUCAGACAUCAGCAAACUCACACAGGAGAAAAACCAUUUAAAUGCAAUGAAUGCGGAAAAGGAUUUAAUAGAAAGCAGGAUCUUAUCAGACAUCAGCAAACUCACACAGGAGAAAAACCAUUUAAAUGCAAUGAAUGCGGGAAAUGUUUUAAUGUACAAUCUUACCUUAAUAAGCAUCUUACUAUUCACAAGAGAAAAAUAAUUUAA